AUGCAGCAAUAUCUGAGGGGUUCCAACACCAAGAGCUCACUCCACUCUGUACUGAAAGGGUUUGUGCCUCCCCAGGCUUGCGCUCGGCCGCUGAUCUCCGUGUACUCCGAGAAGGGAGAGGCGUCGGGCAAGAACGUGACGCUGCCCGCCGUGUUCAAGGCGCCCAUCCGGCCCGACGUGGUCAACUUCGUGCACACCAACCUGCGCAAGAACAACCGGCAGCCCUACGCCGUCAGCGAGCUCGCGGGUCACCAGACCAGUGCUGAAUCAUGGGGUACUGGCAGAGCUGUUGCUCGAAUCCCGCGUGUCCGGGGUGGUGGCACUCACCGCUCUGGCCAGGGUGCCUUUGGCAACAUGUGUCGUGGUGGCCGCAUGUUCGCCCCGACCAAGACCUGGCGGCGCUGGCACCGCAGGGUGAACAUCAUGCAGAAGCGUUACGCCAUCUGCUCUGCUCUGGCUGCCUCUGCCCUGCCGGCUCUGGUCAUGUCUAAAGGCCACCGCAUUGAGGAGAUUCCAGAACUCCCUCUGGUUGUUGAGGACAAAGUUGAGGGCUACAAGAAGACCAAGGAAGCUGUUCUCCUCCUGAAGAAGCUUAAAGCUUGGAAUGACAUCAAAAAGGUGAGCUGGGAAGGUGUGAUGUGAAGGGCAGAACCCAGGUGAUUCAGCUGUGCAGGAAU